AUGUCCUAUUUAAGAAGAAGAAGCAUCACCUGUGACGCGAUGCCGGCACUGCCGCUAGCUGCCACCGUUGCCGCCGCCACCGCUACCUCGGAAGUAAUGAUACAUACAUUCGAUGGCACGCAGGCGCCCGCGGGCUUACUGCCGCCCUUCCUGACCAUUUCUUCACCAAUGGCCCCCCAGGUUACACUUUCGGAGGGUAACACAACUUCAGGAGUGCCAACCUUUCCUGACCGGGGCUUGGGCGCAGAGAAGGUUGGACACACAGUGGAUACAGAGAGGAGGUUGCUUAUCGGUACGCUUCGGGUCCCUGGGGCAUCCACCAACACCAACACCAACACCAACACCAACACCAACACCAACACCAACACCAACACCAACACCAACACCAACACCAACACCAACACCAACACCAACACCAACACCAACACCAACACCAACACCAACACCAACACCAACACCAACACCAACACCAACACCAACACCAACACCAACACCAACACCAACACCAACACCAACACCAACACCAACACCAACACCAACACCAACACCAACACCAACACCAACACCAACACCAACACCAACACCAACACCAACACCAACACCAACACCAACACCAACACCAACACCAACACCAACACCAACACCAACACCAACACCAACACCAACACCAGGGGCCAGCAUCACAUCUCGCAUUUUUUACCAAUACAUCGACCACUUGGGCAAAUGGCUGCCCUCGUGGUGGAGGGCUAA